UGUUUUCUUUAGUGUCGAGCAAAAGAUUCACUUAUUCACGAUUUAGAAUUUGAAAUACAAAAUUUGAAACGAAUAUUCGAGGAUAAAAACAACAGUACUGUCAUAGAUUCACAGAUUAUUCAAAAAAAUGAUUAUGAUAAACUUGAACAAGAAUUACGUUCGACAAAAAAACGUUUUGAUGAUAUUUCAUAUGAAUUAAAAACAAAAGAUGCCAUUAAUAAUAAAUUGGAGCAGGAAAUUCGAUCAUUAAAAAAGAUGCUUGAUGAACAAAUUCAGAAUAUUCAAUUUAAAGAAACGGAUACAGAUCAAUUGCACUCGGAAAUACGUUCAUUGAAAAGAUUAUGUGAUGAAAGAGCGAAUGAGAUUCAUAAGAAAGAAUGUGAAUAUCGUUUGUGUCAAGAAUACUUAUUAUCUAAAAAAACGAAAUAUACCACGUUGGAUACUGAAUUAAAAACUUUAAAAGAUCAACAUCAAUCAACAAUUGUUCAAUUAGAAGUCGUGAAACGCGAAACAUCAACAUUGAAAUAUCAUUAUGAUGAAAAAAAUAAAUUAUAUUUUGAUUUAGAAAAACGUUCACAUUUACUUGAAACAAAACUACUUGAAACAAUGGAAUUAAUUGAUUCAAGAAAUAAAACUCUAUUUGAUUAUGAACAAGAUAUGUCCAAAUUAAAACAUGAAUUAACAUUAAAAUAUAAAGAAUUAAAUGAUAAACAAUAUCAUAUUCAAGAAUUAGAACAAAUGGUUAUUGAUAAAUCGGCUGAAAUUCGUCAUAUGUCUGAAAAUUUAGUUGAAUAUGAACGAUCGAACAAUGUUUUAUCCGAACAAGUAGAACAGUUGACAGAAGAUUUAAGAUUAAAACAAGAAGAAUUGCAACAAGUACAAAAAUCAUAUACUAAACAAUUGAAUACAAAACAAGAUCAACUGAUACGCUAUGAUGAAAAUCUUCAUGCAGCUGAAAUUAAAUCAAAUUAUGCAAAAGAAGAGAUUCGUUUACAAGAACGAGAAAUUUCUCGUUUAAGAACAAUCGAAGAAGAACAUGAAAAUAAAAUAAAAUUAUUACAACAAGAAUUAUGUACCGUUCAAGAACAUAAAGAUUCUGCAAUGAAUAAUUUUGAACGUACAGAAACAGAAUUGAGAAAUGUUAAACUCAAUCGUGAUGAUGAAUUAAAACGUUAUUCUUUGGAAAUAGAAAAAUUAACGAGUGAAAUAGCCGAGUUGAAAGUGAAUGAGAUACAACUGUUAAAACAAAUGGACGAAUUAAAUCAAAAUUUAUCAUCAAUUAAUAAUGAACGAAUAGAUUGUAAACAGCAAAAUAAAAAUUAUCGAACAGAGAUCGAACAUUUAGAAAAAGUUGUGUGUGAUGAAACUGAAACAACUCCAAAGUUAUCAUCAAAAGUUAGUCUGUUAACUCAUCAACUCGAUGAUGUACAGAAACGUUAUCAAGACACAGUAAAACAAUUGGAAGAUGUUCGUCUACAAUUGAAAAGUUCAUUAAUGACAAAUGAUACCUUAAAAUCAGAAUUAAAUCAUAUUAAAUUACUUAAUCAAGAAUAUAUCAACAAAGAAUGUGAGUUUAAAAUGAAUUUAAGUCGAUCAAAUGCAACAUUAGACGAUAAAGAAAAAUGUCUUGACGAUCAACAACGUGAAUUAGAAACACUCAAUCAUAUUCUAUCAAAAUUACAAAUUGAUUAUGAAAGAUCUAAAACAGAUUUAUCAUUAGCGCACGAUAAUAUUGUGCAGUAUGAAACAAAUGAGCAUACAAUAAAACAAACAUUGACCGAAAAAACAGAUGAAUUAACAACAUUGUCAAAUCGAUUUCAUGCAUUACAAAAUGAUUAUUACACGUAUGAAAAAAAUCAUCGUUAUACAAAUGAAAAUUAUUUUGACAAAGAACAUCGUUUAACAUCAGUUGAAAAUGAACUGACAACAACUGCAAAAAAUUUUGAAUUAUUACAAAAUGAAAAUAAAAUACUUAAUGAUAAACUAGAAAAGUAUCGUUAUGAUCGUGAACAAGCUGAAAUACUUGAAGCCGAAAACACAGAAAAGAUGAUACAAUCAAUAGAUGAAGGGAAAAUAUGUAAACGAAAACUAGCAAUAUUGGGUGAAUGUUUCCAAACACUCGUUAGAAAAUCAUCCGAAACAAGUGAAAAAUGGGCAAAAGCAAUUCAACGUCUUCAUGAUCAAUUUUCUGAUAUAAAUGAACAAUUAAUUAAAUUACGUUUAAUUGAAGAACGGUUUGAACAAACGAUGAAAAUUAUCACCGUUUUACGUAGUCAUUAUGAAGAUAUUAGUCUACAGACAGUAGCAUUAAAACCAGUUAUUGAAAAAUUGUAUAUGUACAUCCGUGAAUACAAGAAAAGAUCAAUAAAUACGAAUGAAGAAAAUCGUUUAUAUAAAAGUGAAACAAAAAAAUUGCGAACAAAAUUAGAUGAUUUUCAUC